CGGCGGGCGCGGGCCGCGGGGUGCUCCGGGGACCGCCUCGGCGCCUGUUGCGCGGGUCCCAGGCCCUCCCGGGCGCCCCGGCGGGGCCGCCCCCCGCCCAGGUGCGCGAGCGCGCGCCAAGGUCAUCGCUCCCCUGCGCCGCGGGGCCAGAUUGGUCCUCCCGAGCUGUUGUCCCUGACUUCGUCUUCUUCUGUCUGAGCCACGAUUGUCCGGCACAGUCCCAAAGCCAGCUCAGAGCUUUUUCUGGAGCGAAGUUCCAUGGGGACUGUCCCUGACUCUCUGAGACCAGCCAAAGUCUCUCUGAUCGCCGCUACCAGCACAGAAGACGUUCUGGGGGCGCCACGGUGCCAGCCCCCCGGAGCCCUGGUGCCAGGGUGCGCCAAUGGCCUUCCCGGCGCACCUGCAGAGCCCGCGCUCGGCCCGGGGCCGGCUGCGGGGGUCCUGAUGCAGGCCUGCGAGCAUGAGCCCCCCGAGCCGGGCAUGUCUUCUGCCGUCCUGCAGGAGCUGGAGAAGGCGUCCCCCACGCUCAGCUCGCCGGCCGGGUCCCCCGCGCCCAGCCUCCUCUGCACGCCUCGGAGGGACCCUGCGCAGCACCCAGAGCGCACCAUGCCAGCCGCUGACCAGCACGCGCCUCGGCCCAGCCCCGGGGACAGGACCCUAGUCCGGGAGGAGCCCGAGGUCACCCAGGCCAGCGAUCAGAGACCGUCCGAGGCAGAGCCACGUGCGGAGCCCCGCUGUCCCGGGGGCGACGGUGGGGACAGCAGCAAAGAGCCAGGCCACUGCGCAGCUCCCGCUCGGGAGACCAGCCAGGACAUGGCGCGGGCGGUGGAGGCCCGGGCCGGCCACGCUCCUGUCCCCUGUGCCCCAGGAAGCCACGGGGAGCAGCCUGGGGCCACCAGCGACUCCCAGCCCACGCCCUGUGACCCUUCGAGCGGGGGACAUGGGUGUGCGGCCAGCGCAGAGCCCCCGGCCCUGCCCUCAGACCCUCCCCAGGGCGCCCUCCUCGCAGGCACGUCCUCGCGGCCGCCGGAUCCUGUGCCCGAGCCGCCGGGGUCCAGGUUCAAGGAGGCCAGCACGAUGACCACCGAGGUGGGCAGUGAGCUUGGGGCCUGGCUCGGCCGGGCGCGGCGGGAUGCGGAGGUGCAGGCGGUGGCCAGCGUGGAGAGCAGGGCGGUGUGCACCAGCCCGGGCAUCCCCGCCGUCCCCCGCUGCCCGGACCCGGGGGAGAAGCCCCCAGAAGAGCUGCGCGUAGUUUGCCACGGCGCCGGGGACCGUGUCCUGGCGCUGGAACUGUGCGACAGCGCGCAGACCACCCGGGGCUCGGGAGAGGGGCCGCCCCCUGCACAGAAGCAGGGGUCCCCUCGGGCUGCUCGGGACGCGAGCCGGGAGGACAAGGGGUCGCCGGGAACGGGCUCCCAACAGCCAGCAGGUGGGGGGACGGGGUCCCUGGCAUCAAGCACCCCCGACGGAGCUGCCCAGAGCGCGCAGGGAGCAGCCGGCACGAGGCCGAGCCCCCUGCCGGGGAGUGGGCACGUGGAGACCGACGCCAGAGGCCACCCCCAGCCGGGGGACCCGGCCAGCCCAGGUGACCAGCGCGGGCCCCCGGAGCCUGGGGUGAAAGAGAAGCCCCCCGGGCGAGGGCAGCAGGAGGAGACGGCGGGGACGACGGCGACGCAGCUCCCCAGCGCUCAGCUGCGGCCCGGAGCCCCCGAGAGCGGGGCCGCGUCCAGCGCCCACCCGUCCCCCGCCGGGGCCGCGCGCCUGAGCCUGCCCACCGACGGCUCGGGCACCGCCAGCCCGGGCUCCUCGGGGGAGCGCACCCCGGGGCGCACCGUCCGCGCCAGCCCGCGCCGCGCCAGCCGCGUGAGCGAGUUCCUGCGGGAGCACCGGGCGGGCCUGGCGGGCGACAGGAAGAAGCAGCCCGAGCCCCGGGCGCAGGCCAAGGCGUCCAAGCGCGUGCGGGACGUGGUGUGGGACGAGCAGGGCAUGACGUGGGAGGUGUACGGCGCGUCCCUGGACCCCGAGUCCCUGGGCGUCGCCAUCCAGAACCACCUGCAGCGCCAGAUCCGCGAGCACGAGCGGCUGCGGCAGGCGCACGGCCGCCGCUCCGUGUCCUCGGACACAUCCUCGCAGAAGAAGCUCAAGGGCCGGCAGCACGGCGUCCUCCAGGCGCUGCUGCAGCACCUGCGCCGGCCCAACUGCUGCGUGCGCCCCGCGCCCUCCUCCGUGCUGGACUGAGCGCCCGCCCCGCGGGGCGCGCCGGCCCCUGACCCCAGCACCCAGGCCCAGGCCCCCUCGCUGCCAGCAGCCUGUCGCUUUGGACGGAAGAGCGAGAGGAAAAGAGAGAAGGGCGCUGGCCUGAAGGCUGAUGACCUCAGUUGAAAGGAAAUAAGAUUCUCUGGGUUGUGUGUUUUUGUUUUUAUUAAUAUGAUGUCGCUUAUGAAACUAGCAUUAACGUGGUCCGUGUGUCAUUUUGUGUGACUGCCUCAAUUUAUCACACUGCAGUACUUCAUUAAAGUCUCUGCUUUGUAAUUUUUUUUUUAAAAAAUGGCCAAAACGCUAUGAGCAACAUCACUGGAAAUGUGGAGUCCUCUCACAGUGAAAAUGCUGUUGCUGCACAAAACUGAAACAACCGGUGAGGGCUAUAAUGUAAAAAUGUGAAGCGAACUGGACUCAUUCCAAGGUCUGUUGCCAUGAAGAGCGUUUCGAUGUACAAAACAACAAAUACGAAUAUUUGUAAGCACCUACAGAUAACCGUUUUAUACACCUUGUGAUACUGUUAAUAAAUGUAGAACAGUUAAAUUAGGAAAAUUAGCUCAGCUUUUGAAUAUGAAUACUGCCCACAUAAAGCAGGUUGGGAUGUGAAGAUUUUCUGCACUAAAUACAUGCAAGGAAGGUACAGCUCUGUGAAUCUGAAGCCAGCUGAAUAAAUUCAGAUUUCCUCCCCCUGAAGGAAGCAGUGUGACUGAAUUCUGGAAAAGGAAUCAUUCCAUUUUUGCCAAUACUAAAAUUCUAGGUGGUGGCAGGUUCCUCCCGGUCACAGUGACCUGUGGCUGAUCGUUCUGCUAAGGAAUUCUAAAUAGCCAAUCCCUAAGUCCUCUUUUCUCUGUGUUGAAAAGGAAUAACAAAAGCAAUCGGUUUGAUUUAGAGUGCUGUAAAUGGGUAUUGGGACUUGGUCAACAGCCGUCCAAUAGAAAACGUAGCCUAAUAACUAGAAGGCUGGCAUAUGUCCUUACAGCUUGUGUAUGUCAAAUAAAGUGCAUCUAAAAAGGUGGCCCUUUGGGGCUGGAGCGAUAGCACAGCGGGUAGGGCAUUUGCCUUGCACACGGUCGACCCGGGUUCGAUUCCCAGAAUCCCAUGUGGUCCCCUAAGCACCGCCAGGAGUGAUUCCUGAGUGCAGAGCCAGGAGUGACCCCUGUGCAUCGCCAGGUGUGACCCAAAAGCAAAAAAAAUAAAAAGGUGGCCCUUUGCACACACACAGCUAUUCAGCCCUCAGACCCAGUGAAAGAGGCGUUUUUAAAAACAGCUUGUUCCGGGUAGAAGGUGGCCUGAGAGUCGGCACCUGUUGGACCCCAGCCUGCACCUGUCUGCACAGGGGACUGAGUUCUGAGCCCUUCCCAGCCCAGACUGCCAGCCGGACCGGAGGGGUGAGGCCCGGCCGGAGAGGGGAGUGAGCCAGGUCCCUGAGGAAACACCACACGGGCCCAGUGAUUUGCAAAACCAACAGUGGCUGGCUUCUCAACCUGCUCUGCUUUGACUUUAAAAAUUCUUUUUCUUGUUAAUUCUCUUUUGCAGACUCUGAAUAUAUCUUAACAAUGAACGCUACAGUGGCCACCCACCCAAAUUAGUAAGACGAGACUGCUUUCGUUGUUGUUUUUUGUUUUUGUUUUUUCAUUUUUCAUUUAAGCAAAUUGGAGUCUGUCUAGAGGCAUUUCCCAGAAGCAGGGCUGGGAAUGACAGUUACGUACCUGGAGCUUCCAAGGAAUGUUUCAGUGGAGCGCAUCCUUACCAACUGGCCUCUGUUAGCACUUACGAUCCAAAUGAACCAUUCCCCGAGCGACCAAGUGAUGUAUGAUUACAGAUUUUGCCCCAUACCCUCUUUUGACCUCCAAUGCCCAUUUGCAGUGGUGCGCCUGUCUCGUGGGCAGAUGCGUCUGCCAGGAUGUGGCCUGGCCCCUCUCUGCUCCUGGCUGUCUCCCUCACACACUGGCAUACGCCUGUGUACACAGAGAAAAGCUUGUAUACACAGUCGCAGCUGUCUGCAGCACUACUCCAGAUGGGGCCCCAGGUAAGCCUCAGCUGUGGGUGCUUACCACAGGCUGUUUCCGUGUGAAACUAGGAAAAGGGAAGAUCCAGCCUCUGGCCACGGCAUUUAUUCUCAUGAGCUUGUAGUAACCUCGUGAUUUAUAAAUAGUUAAAGGAGGCAACGACCUAGGAGAUACUUAAGCCUCGUCACAUAUUCAAUCAAUAAAUUAAAAGUUAAAUUAAAAGUAAACCCAGUGUUGCUGUUUGCCUCUCGGAUUAAAACUUAAUGUUUGAUGCAGUGACAACUGAUUUUCUUUGGUGCUGUGAUUGAUCAUUAUUUAUUAAUUUUUUUUUACUUUUCACCGUUUCUUCUAUCACACUAGAGUUUGUUACAAAAAAUUUCAAAACCUGACUUUUGUUUUUUGAAUCUUAUAGAAUAGUUUUAGAAACUAGUAACAGAAACAAAUCAUAAAAUGGAGAGUGAAGAUGGAAAGUGUUUUUAAGACAACAGAAUUUUGUACUAAACUCCAAGUUUUUGCAUAAUGCUGCCCAAAGUACUCUCAUAGUAAGGCCUUUAUUUGAAAAAUCUUCACCCCCGCUCAUGACACAGCCCUCGCACUGUGAGGAGCAGGUGGGAUUCUGCAGAUUUCAACCAGCAGGUGAAGUGGUGAAUCGAGUUUCUUCCCUGGUUCAACUCUCCUUUACUUUGUCCAACCCAUAUUGAUGGGUUGAAAGUCACUUUUGUCCUUACAUUCUUUGAGAUCUGUGUGGUCAUUAAAUUAAUAGAAAAUAUUUCUGAAUCCAGAAGUAUAAGAGAUGCGUUAACUAAGACUGGAGGAUAAUGAAACAAAUAAAACAUUAAAAUUCUCUAUGGCUUAUCAAGUGAAUAUUAGAGUUUUUAAUUUAAACAUUGAUUUGUAUGCAUUUGUGAUCCUAAGAAAAACAUUGUUAAUUCAGCUGCCAUGUGUCUCUCUCUGGUGCUUUUCUAAUUCAGUCUUUCUGGAUUAGUGACUUUGUGCUGUCUUAUCUCAAUUAUUUCACACAGAGUAAAAUCCUAUGUGGCCUAAGUUGAACACGUUGCUAGGUCAAGUUUAAGCAGAAUUUUUUCUUUUUUGCAUCAUCAUAAAUAGCAUUGUACAUAAACAUUUUUACAAAAUAUAUGAAUGCUUUUACUCACCUUGUCUUGUUCAUCUAUAUUGAAUAUAAUUCUAAUUUUUUCCUUAAGAAUAAUCUAUUAUUAUGAUACCUUUGUCUUCUAUGUCUAUUAAAGCUAAAUAUCAAAAUUGAAAGACAUUAGACUGAAUAUGCAUAUGUAACAUAUGGUAACAUAGAAAAUGGAACUUGAAUUUUGGAACCAAAGGCUUAUCGGAACUUGUGGUCUUAAAGUAGAAUGUAUAAGAGCACAAUGACGUCUAGUUUCACUCCAGAGGAUUGAGAUUUUAUUAUUCCUAGUUUAUUCUAAUGUAUUCUCCUCAUUUCUGUGAGUUCCUAUUACUCCAGGACUGCCUGCGUAUACCACAUCAAGAAUAGAAUAUGAUGUGACUUUAAAAUAAAAUGUUUACAGAGGCUAUACAUACAAGUAAGCUGUUAAUGUAAAUUGUUUGGCUUUAGCUGUACCCACUCUGUUAAGUUACGCUGACAAAAUGUGAGAAAAUAAUGUCUUCUUGUCCUCCUACAUAUUGUGCAAGUGUUAAAAAAAAAGCCUCCAGUUCUUUUUUAAAAAAAAAUAAAUAAAUAAACCGUCCACUUCUAGUACCAUAUAAUUACCACACCCCUUGUCUAAUUUUUAAGAAUCAGUAUAAACAAAAACAGUACAUUAGGAUAAGGCUUGCCUAGACGCGUAUGUGUUUUUCCUGAAAUCUGGGCACUCAACCUCACGGUCUGACUUCCUAUUCGUCUACGACGCUGCCAUGGAGACGACGCUGUUUACUCUCUCCAGCUGGUCUUAGCGAUGUUUGAGAAGGAGGCCUCUGUGAUAACGAUGCGGUGGACCCAGCAGUCUCGCAGUUCCGUGGAUCAAAGAGCUAACCCUCGUGCCCCGCCCUUGUUUUGUCCACACCGUGAAUGAGAAGUCUUCUCCACACGGACUUCAGGGUUUGCUGUUCUGUCUGCCUAGCUGGGCACUCUGCUCUCGGGGCCAGCUUGGUUGAAUAAUCACCCUGGUCUCCAACUGGGGGUUGGCUGCCGCUGAGUGGCAAAGAGCAGGUGAUAAGCGAACUCUCCUAGCCAUCCUCUACAUCCUAGAUCCUUCUGAAUGAAAUCCCGCAACCAGCGAAGUAAUUAUAGGUCUCUGUGCAGACACACAGGCUUACGGAUGUCAAGAAAAUUUUAAGACAUGUUUGCAAAAGGAGAAAAAUCAUGUAAAUACUGAAACUGAUUUCUGUGAAUCUGAUUGGAGUCUUGUGGGGAAUAAAAAGGCCUUCUUGGCUACAAAAAAAUUAAAUAAACAUAAUUUUCAAUGACUGAGGACCUAAAUGAAGAAGGAUGAAAAUGGAAAGAUUCUGCCUUGCAAGUAAUUAGUGACAUCUGCCAGAAGUCAUUACAGCUACUUCUAACUGUGAACAGUCACCAGCUAAAUACUCACUUGCCACAACCAAAUAACCUCUCUUGAAGUAAAUUCAGUAAUCUGUAUAUAUGUGUAAAUAAAAGCAAUGAUCCUGAAAAGUUAUUAUUGGUUAUCAGGUAAAUCAAGAUUAUGUAAAUUAUAAAGGACAUUUCAAUAACUAGAUCUUGGUGAAAUGGCUAGAAUGGUGCAUGCAACAUGUCAUUAUUUAUUAAUUUGGUCGGCUUUCUUUUAAGACUAGUGCUCAUAUUAAUCACGAUAAUAAGACUGUUGACUAUGAAAUUAAAGCUAAGCAAUAAUGUGCCCAAAAGGCAGUUAUACCAGCAAGUGCAUCUAUUAGGGGCAGGCCGUGAUAUGGAUAUGGUUUGUUCCCUGAAGAAUAACUGUGAUUUAUAGGACAGAGCAAGUAAAGGCAUCAUUUCUGCUUUCUUGCUGGAAAAACUUAUUUUGGAGCUCCAUAAAAAGCAAAGUACUAAUGAGUGUUCAUCGAGAUAUGGUCAGCAUCUCUAUUUCAGGGCUGGCCAAAGCAAGCAAAGCAGUGAAAGUCUUGCUAGCUUAAAACUCAAAGCAGGUCCCUCCAGAAACUGUUGAAAUGGAAGAGUUGGGCAUAUGGUAAUAACUCUUCCUGGACACGAGUGUUUUGAAAAGCAAUUCAAUUAACUCUGCCUGGAGGAUUACCAGCCUUAGCUAUGAAAAAUGAGUUCCCAGAUGUUAAAAUAACUAAAACAUAAGUACUCACUGCAAACGGCUCAAAUAUGCCUUACAGAAAAUGAUGUUUCAAAUGAGUGUUUCCAAAGACAAAUUUUCAGAGUAUCUUUUUGAGUUCUGGCUCAAAAUUAGUUGGCUGCAAAAUGGUAGGCAUAAAAAUUAACUGUUUCUUACUUCAGAGAAAGAUAUCAAUGAUCAACAGCAGGUGAUAAUUAUGAAAGACAUCAGUGAACUGUUAACAUAAUUAGAUGGGAGAAGAAUGCUAGCUUUUCUGGGUCUCUUAAAAUGCGGGCAUACCAUCCACAGAUUUCUAGGGUUGAGAUUAUAACUUGCUUUAGGACACUACUAUUGGUAUUACUCUUUGAUACUUUAAAAUUAAACUCUCUAUUCUUUAAAACUUUUAAGCAGUUAAACAUUUUUUUCUGAUAUGUAUCAUUGCUUGUAAUAUGUAAAAUCUAGAUGUGUAUAGAGAGAAUUAACUAUUGGAUAAGUAGAAGGGAACCACCCAUGUUCAUAGGUAUCUGAAGGCAUCUACACUUUAGUGUAGAUUUCAUGGAAUUUAUUUUAGACUACAUCUUUGAAGAGCUCAUUUUUCAUAAUGUACUCCGUCGUGUCUGAAAAUGAUGUUGGUAAAUCAGAGCUUGCAGUAUUAAACUCCUACUCCUUAGUGCCAAGAGGAGAGAUUUAUUCUUAUUUCACUGGCAUCUGGAAAUACCUAUUAUUGGGGUUGAGAAAGGUCAGCAGGUCCUGAGCACUCCUAACAGCAACCACAUUCCUUAGUAUAUUUAUCACUGUUCUUCAAGUCUGGAGACAGUAUGUUGUGCAUAAUCCCGUGUGGCACAACGCCACGGUCUGUGUGGUUCAUCUGUGAGUGGUGAGUUUUCUAUUUUUAUGUGUAAAAAAAAAAUAACAUUCCCCAUUUUAAGGCCGAAGCUUGGCAUCAAGUGGGCACCUGAAUGCCCAUGAAUAAAGCCAAUGGUGGUGCAUGUUUGUAUAUUUAGUAACAAUUUGACUUUUCACUUUUGAAGGUCAGAAAGGGCUGUUGCUUGGUUGUCUUUUGUUCCGUUUUGUUUUGAAUCAUCUCUAAAGUAGAUCGCAUAGUUACCACAACAGUUGAAUCUAGCAAUCAGGACUUUGGCUAUGAUAAGCUAAAACGCUUUGGCAUUCUAAUAUGCCAGGGCGAGUUAACCGCAGCCUCAGGCACAGGUAAGGUCAGUUGUUUGACCACCAGGUUGAUUUCUGUUCCUCACACAUCGUCUCUGUGUUAAGUGUGUGACUGGGAUGUACAUACUAUGGGUGUGACUGUGUACAUACCUUGUAUGAAUCAUCUGAAUCCUCAAUGCAGCUGUAGGAAAGCAGGCAGAAUAAACCACUGCCCAAAGCCUCAAAAAGGCUAGUCAGUGUGGGUUCGUUGGGUUUUUUCCUUUCAUUUUCUAUACAUAAAAAUCUCUAUGUAGCAUAACUGUAAAUAGCUUACCCUCAUCCGUGUGCACACACACGCAUUGAAUUCAUGCUGUGUAUUUAAAGAAAUUGCAAAUUAAACCAACAGUUAAGAACUGCAUCUUCCCAUGACUGUUCUGCAUGAAUUAAAACCAGGUCAGAUUCUCUCCUGGAGAGGUGCCACCUCCUGGCCGCAGCCGUGGUGCUUAGGAAAGCCCAGUCCCAAUGGAUCCUGGGGGUCUUGCUAGAAUCUUCCAGAAACAUAGAAGAAGCAGCUUCAAAGGUUUAGUCCUGUUUUUAAGCACCUAGUUUUUCACCUGGAAAUGGAGAACACUAGGGGAAAACUUUGUUUUAUGGGCUACAUUUGAACUUGCACGGGCUUUAAGAGUCUUAGAGCUACAGUGAAGUAUCCACCGAUCUCAUGCAGAGUGGAAGCUGAAUGCAGGCACUCUUUUUAGGUCAGCAGAGAAAUGUUUUACAACACCAAAGAGAAGCCAGAGUUAUUUGGGGGGGGGGGGGGGGCAUGGGGGGAUGCAGGCGUCCUGGGCCACACCUGGCUAUGCUUGGAGUUUAGCCCUGGCUUUGCACUCAGGAAUUACUCCUGAAAGUGCUCAGGAGACCAUAUGGGGUGCCGGGGAUAGAACUCUACCCAUAUCUGUCUCCAGUCCUGUGAUUAUUUUUACAUGACAGAUGAUGUUGAUGGAAUAUAGGACGUGGACAAUUUGGAGCUCAUUGAGAUAGUGCCACGUAAGAAAUAGCUGUCAUCUAUGAUCAUUAUGCUAUGUGGACUGAAUAAGGUUGUGCUCAUCCAUCAGCCAACAAGUGUCAACUCUGGACAAGUUUUGCCAACUUUUCAGAGUAAAUUGAUACUGUUUGCGUAUUUUUCUCAUUCUUCUAAGAAAUAUUCACCUUAGUAAAGACCAAGAUUGACCUGAAUCCUAAAACAGUAAGAUUUGACUGAUUCCAUGAUACUAAAAAGUGACCGGUUGAUUAUUAGAUGGAAGAUGUGACAGAAAUCACCAGAAUUGUCCAUUGACAGAGAAUUCACUUUGGCCAAGUGCAAAUAUAUAAUCUUUUAUCAGUAGAAAGUUAAUAAUACCACUAAGUUCAUAUUCACAUUUUAGAUAACAAAUGUGCCAUCUCUAUAUUCCAGAAUAAAUACAAGUUAACCAUAAGAACACUAUAAUUACACCUGUAACUUGCAGUAUUCUUUAAUUCCUAAAAACAUACUUGUUAAUAAGGACAUUGUACCUGAAUUCUUGAUGUUUGUCAAUAUUUACUGUUGCUUGAAAGAAAAAUAUAUGCAAUUAUUUUGGAAGAUGUUUAUUAAUUUAAAUACCACCCAUAAGAUUAUAGCUGUCAAAUGAUAAUAAUUUAUGUGUGUUAUUUAUUCAGCUGAGAAAGACCAAAAGUGUAGUGCAAUGUAAAAAUCACUGAAGAAACAGUAAUAGUCAAAAUGAAAUUCAAUUUGUGACUAGUAUUAAUAUUAGAAUCUAAAGUUACGUCUUUUCAUGAUGUCCAUGAUAUCCAUAUAUAAAAGUUGUAAAAUGUUUUCUUAAGCCAUUCUCAUUUUCCUAAAUUUACCUACCAAUAAAGCUUCAUUCACAGGGGGGGAAAUGGAAUGUUAUUUAUUGAUAUAAGGAUAUAUCAAGAUUUCGAAAUUACAGAUACUUGCACUUUCAUUUGCAACCUGAAUUUUGAAUGGAUGCUUAAGAUACUGAGGUUCAUGUGAUGAUUUAGCUUUGCCUUCAAAAAUGUAAUUUUUUUGCAUUUCAUUUUCCAUAAUAAAUGCUAUAUAGGAUAAAA